CUUCUUUGUCAUCCAGCGCUCGUCUCUUGUUUUGCGCCGCGGCUGCUCCUGCGCAGGACCUCUUGAGAAGCUGCGCGGCUCUGCAGACUUUUAAACCCGUGGAUGCGUGACCUGGAUCUGAAUCUGGACACGUUUUCCGCAGAAUGUGCUCAGACUUGGUACCGGGAAUAGAAAGGGCUGCUACUGCGUGCAAAGUCUGUGUGUGAUGCAUGUAUUUGAAUGGGAAGGCUACGAUAAAAACACAUAUAUCUUACUAAAUACAAACCGAAGGCGGUGUUUCUGAAUGCAAAGAGGAUUCCGCUAGAGCAGUCUCAAACUAAACCAGUGAAGAUGGACGCGUCAGUGUCUCCGUGUCGUUGUUUCAAGACGAGCUCGCCUCCACCGUCGAGCUCGCAGUGAAAGCGGCUGCAGACAGCGUCGUGUGCGCGAUUACUGAAGCUGUGAGCAGCAAAUUCACUGAAUUACAAGAGGACAUGUCUGCAGUGAAGAGAGAGAAUGAAACUCUGAAGCUGAGAUUGGAAAUAUCAGAGAGCGAGCUGAAAGCCGUGCGAGGGUGUAUAAACGCUGCACAUGCAGACAUUAAACAGCCUUUCAUAUUUCAAGAUCCCAUUGAGAGCCACGCUAUCCCUGAAUCUGAAGCACAGGAAGGGCCAAAGAUAGAAGCAGUUUACACACAAGAGGAGUCCUUUGAGCAGGAGUGGUGUGCAAGUCUAAUACAGGUUACAGGGCUGCCAUGUGUUAAAGAUGAAGACGUCCCUGAACAGGAAUGUGUUCCUAUUAAAGAGGAAUUCAUAGAACAGGAAUGUGUCUCCAUCGCAGAGGAACAUCCUACUGAAAAUAAUGUCUGUACACUUGAGGAGAACACCAAGCUGGGAUCCAACCUGUGUGAUGAUUCUCCAUCUGGAUGUGAUCUGGGAUUUGGAGCUUCUAAAGUAGAUGAAGGAGAACACGACUCCACUCCAUCACCCCAGUGCAAAAACUCUUCUAGAGGCAAACCACAGAGCAAGAAACACAGAGAAACGACACCCCAAGAAGAGUAUGUGAAGACAUUGAGAACUCACUCAGUUACAAUCCCUUCUUUACAAGACAGACACCCACUUACUGUGGAGAGUACAGAGACGCCACAUUCUGCAUGUUUUAACAAUUCAGAAACCCAGGGCAGCUUGAAGACCUUGCCUCAUUCUAUUAAAGAUGGGAAGAGUUCCUGUCAAUUAGACAUUCCUGAAACUCACAAGGGAAAUCCCACAGGAGGCACUACGUGUUCCUGGGCUGAUUGUGGGAAGAGUUUCAAUCAUAUAUCACUGCUUAAAAGACACCAGCGCAUUCAUACAGGAGAGAAACCUUCCCACAUACAGACCAGUGAUAAGAGUUUCACACAGUUAGGAAAUCUUAAUUCACACCAGCACAUUAACAUAGGAGAGAAACCUCAUCACUGUGAUGUUUGUGGGAAGAGAUUCAGCCAUUUAAGAGACCUUAAAAGACACCAUACAAUUCACACAGGAGAGAAACCUUAUCACUGUCCUGUUUGUGGGAAGAGAUUCAGUCACAUAGGAAACCUUAAAAAACACAAGGCCAUUCACACAGGAGAGAAACCUUAUCACUGCACUGAGUGUGGGAAGAGAUUCAGUCAGUUAGGAAACUUUAAAAUCCACCAGCGCAUUCACACAGGAGAGAAACCUUAUCACUGUGCUGUUUGUGGGAAGAGAUUCAGCCAGUCUGGAGACCUUAAGAGACACCAUAAAAUUCACACAGGAGAGAAACCUUAUCACUGUGAUGUUUGUGGGAAGAGAUUCAGCCUGUUUGGAAACCUUAAAGGACACCAUAAAAUUCACACAGGAGAGAAACCUCAUCACUGCCCUGAGUGUGGGAAGACAUUCAGUCACAUAGGAAACCUUAAAAAACACAAAGCCAUUCACACAGGAGAGAAACCUCAUCACUGUGAUGUUUGAGGGAAGAGAUUCAGCCAGUUACGAGACCUUAAAAGACACCAUAAAAUUCACACAGGUGUGUAAUCCUCUCCCUGCACUUAGUGAGGAGAAGUGAAGUCAGUUGCAGGCUCUUACAGAACUCGAGAACAUUCUCAGAAUUGCAGACGCUUGGGGACACCUAGACAACUGGAGUGCAUUUGAUUUAAAUACAGAAAUAUCUACUGAAAACAAAAGAAUAAACCUGCUUGAUAAACAGGGUCCCCCCGAAUCACAAUCUGUUCAGAUCAAAAGCUCACAGACUCAAAUAUGAACGAGCACAUCUUGUAUUCAUCGUCUUGUUGAGCAUUCGUGACAUUAGUAAUAUAUUAAAUGGAUUGUUAUUAUGAAUGCACAUUUCUCUUUCCUUUCUCUUGCGUUGCUCAGCCUCUUGCAGUGGGUUCUGUGGAAACUUCCCCCGAUACCACGGUGAAUCUGCGGUACCUCAAGACACAGCACAGUGUACUGCAGUUAUCAUGCGGGCAGCUUGAAGUGUAAAGCAGUACUGUUUCCAGCAGGGGGCACCAGAGAGCUUUUAGGAAUGUAAUGGGCUGCAUAGCAUUGCUUCUUAACAAGAUGAUUUCUGCUCAGGAUGUGUUUAAUACUGCCCUCUCUCUCUCUCUCUCUCGGGUACUCUAUUAACAAACGCAGGUUCUGUGUUUUUAAUAUCAAUUUGUUGAUUGACAACGAGACUACUAAACCAAAUAAAAUCUAUAUUAAAAAUGUUUUGCUGCCUGUAUUAAAUGCUGUUUUAAAUGAUGUUCAGUGUCUUGUCUAUCAAGUAGAUGUCCUUGUUUCUGCAUUUCUUAUACCAUGACUGGAGCAGCUUUUUAAUAAUAAGCAUUCAAAUCAAUUCAAAAACGAGUAUUUAAAUCAAAUCUGAAACUUCUCCCUAAACUACAGAAUUUGAAAAUCUUAUUCUGAAAAGAAAUAGUUUUUAAAAGAUAUCUUCAACUUUCAGCUUUUAUUUUUAUUCUUUUAAGAUGUGGGUCGCACCCCCUGCGCAGCUGUGUGAUCUGAUGCAGUAUUUACAAAUGCAUCUAGACAAUUCCUGCCGUACCUUUCUCUCCAUAUGAACUUGUCCCAGUAUGACGGUAUCAGCGCCUCUUCCUGCCCUGUAUUGUUUUAAAUGGUUUCUUAACACAGGCCCUGCAGCUGUCCAGCCGUAAACUGCAAAGUCAGUUUGAUAAGUGACCGGGUAUUUCAUAAUGCAAACAGGGUCUCAGGUUGGGUCUGCAUCAGUUUCUCAACAGCAGUAAAAUAGUUUGUGUAACAAUAAAGACGUGUUGUAAGUGUGAUUUUUAUUGGAGCUUCCUUUAUUAAGUGUUGUGUACGUUCUCAAGCCGGACCCUCUCAUCAGUUUUACUCUCAAAGUGAUAUAAUGAUUGAUUAAAAUACACCAGUUUAAAUGGAGCU